GAGCGCAAGGUGCUGGAGCUGGCGCGCGCCAAGCAGCGUCUGGUGGAGGUCCCCUACACGGCCACGCUGGCCAACGCGGCCAACGCGCUCCUCGCCGGCCGCGUCUCCGCCGUCACCGUUGCCGCGCCGCCCGGCCACUGGAUCGGCGCCGGCGGGUCCAUGAUCGUCGAGUCCGACCCCGCCACCGGCGUCGCCCGCAAGCACUACAUCGGCAUGGUCAACAUGCUCGACAUCCUCACCCACAUCGCCGAGGCCGGCCACGAUGAUGAUGCUGCCGCCGUCGGGAAUGGCCAGGCCGCGCCGCCGGAGGCCAUCGACCUUGACAGCCGCAUGUCCGUGCCGGUGUCCUCCGUCAUUGGCCACUCCCUAGAGGGCCUCACCCUCUGGACGUUCCACCCAAACACAAGCCUGCUGGACUGCAUGGAGACGUUCAGCAAGGGCGUGCACCGCGCGCUGGUGCCGCUGGAGAGCUCGGCGGAGAACGUGGUGGCGGUGGAGCUGGUGGAGUCCGCGCCCGUGUACAGGAUGCUCACCCAGAUGGACGUGGUAAGGUUCCUGCGCGCGCACGGCGCCGAGCUCGGCGGCGUCCUGUCGCGCACCGUCCGGGACCUCGGCGCGGCUAGCGAGGCCGUGCUCGCGGUGGCGAAUCGCACCAAGGUGAUCGAGGCCAUCAGGACGAUGCGGGCGGGGUCGCUCACCGCCGUCCCAGUCGUCGACGCCCCCGUUGACGCGUACAUCCUGCAAGACGGGAGAGGGAAGAAGGUGGUGGAGACGUUCUCGGCGACGGACCUGCGCGACUGCCCGGUGGCACAGCUGCGGUCGUGGUUGGGCACCACCGUGGCGGAGUUCAAGAAGAAGGUGGCCGAGUACCGGCGGGAUGGCAGCAAGCCACUCGACGCGGCGACCGGCGUCCAGGCCACUGACGACGGCGAUACCGGCACCACCAAGCCGCCGCGGCCGCGGGAGAUGGUGACGUGCUCCAUGGACAGCACGCUCGGGGAGGUGAUCGAGAAGGCGGCGGCGAGCCACGUGCACCGCCUGUGGGUCGUCGACGACGGCGAGGAGGCACUGCUGCGCGGGGUGGUGUCGCUGACCGACGUGCUCCGGGUGGUCAGGGAGGCCGCCCUCGACGAGGACCGGGAGCUGCAGAACUUUGUCGUGCUAGAGUAA